AUGGCGACCUAUGAGCUCCCCUCAAGCGAUUCGCCCGACCUCGCACUUCUGCACCCAACCCAAGAAGAGAAGGUAGAAACGUGGAAAUUAAACGGCGCCUCCUGGCGCGGUGCUAUGCCGCUGCCAAUCUACCUCCGCCGCGAAACCUAUCUUGAGAAUCAAGCCUUCACCAAAGAUGGCGGCAUUACAUUCUGGAUUCUAGUCGACAGCACCUUGCCUCGAAAUGAGCGCCCCAUACUUGGAAGUUGCGAAUCGUUCCGGAAACGGGCUCUUGUUGCAAGAGACGGAAAGGUGGAGGACGUGGUCAGUCAUGGGAUAGGGAGCGUUUUCUGUAACCCCGAUUACAGAAGGAGAGGGUUUGCGCAGAGGAUGAUAGAAGAGCUAGGGAAGAAGUUGGAUACAUGGAACCAAGAAGACAGGAAGAAGACCGAUUUUACGGUCUUGUAUUCUGACAUUGGGAAGAAGUUUUACUCCAAAUUUGGUUGGGAAUCUUUUCCCUCAAGCCAUAUCGCGUUGGCGCCUAUGAGCAGUGAAAGUGAAUCAGCACUAUCUGGGGCCCGAUCCUUACGGGCAGAUGAUCUGGAGGAGCUUUGUAGCUGGGAUGAACAACUACUGAGGGCGGACAUAGCAAGAGACGUACCUUGCAAGGAAAUUCGUGUCGCCCUUAUACCAGAUCUCAAAACCAUGCAAUGGCAUCAUGCUCGAGAAGAAUUCGCAGGAAGGGAGAUGCUAGGCCGAGAGCCAGACAUAAAAGGAGCACACGCGGAUUGCGAAGACAGCAGCCAAGUAUGGUGUAUUUGGACUCGCACUUUUGGUAGCACUGAGGCCGGUAACACGCUCAACAUUUUACGAUUUUUCAUUGACGGCGAAAAUGAUGCUGUGCGCGAUGAAUCAGAGGCCGGGGAUGACCUCACAGACUUGAAAAGCACUGAUCAGGCAAAGCUACAUGGGGCGGUAGCAGUGCUCCAUGCAGCACAGGUCGAAGCUGCGAGGUGGGAAAUGAAAGACGUUCAAAUAUGGAACCCAUCUUCUUUGAUCGUCCUGGCAGCUCGUCAAAUCGAACCAUCAACGAAACUUAUACACCGCGACGAUGAGAGCAUCGCAAGCCUCAGAUGGCAUGGAGAACCAGAAGAGCGAACGAAAGUGGAGUGGGUUGGCAAUGAAAAGUAUGCAUGGUGCUGA